GCUCUAUUAUUCUGAUAACUUCCAUAUUAAACCUGCUUUUCCAGGUUUAAUGUUCCUUUAGAACCGACUCUCAGCUCUCUUUCCCUUCAGUCUAUGUCACUAGAUCUACUCCUGUUUAUCACCUGUGAUGACAGGGCUGGUCCUAACCCUGCGCCCCCCCCAUGGACCCACCUCCAUCGGCAGAGAGAGGAUCAGAGGUCAGCGAGAUGCUCAGCAGACCGGGGAAUGAGGGAAAGGAACAGAUUAGGUAGUUUUUGAUUAAAUAGCUCUCAUUAAUGGUUCUAGAUUGCCACUGCAACACAAAUUACCCUGGAUGUUGAUGACAUAGAUAUAUGAUUAAUAGAAAGUAAAGAGGAAUGCCUGAGAGAGUGUAUCUGGAUUAAGUUCUCCAAUAUCUGUGAUGCCUUUUAUCCUUUCCUUAAAAUAUGCAUCAUAUUGGGUCAGAGCCUGGUUCUGUUCCUCCCCACUGUCACUGCAUGCAUGCGCAGUGUGAGCGUUACUGAAGAGUCAAUAUCUGCUGUCUCUAGAUGCUCAUCCAUGACUGGAUGAUCGGAUUGAUCUGGAUCUAGAAAGAGACCUGAGAUGACAUGAUGGGAAUUGGAGCAUAGAAAGAGAAUGAAUAGAAUUUCCAUGUUGGUUCCCCUGAGAUGGACGGAGCUGCAGGCUGGACUCAGCUGUUCCUUCAUCACUUGAUUAGACAGGAACCCGGAGAGGAGCUGCAGCAGCACCUCCUGCUGUCUUUCUGCUCCACUUCAUCCAGAUGCUCCUUCUGGUUCUCAGCUGACGCUGCUGCCCCCUGGUGGAGGUCUGCCAGGAACACACACACUGAUCUGCUAGAACAAGUUCUACCGGCCUUCUCUUAGAACAUGGUGAUGCAGCACCUUCCCAGAGGAGCACGUCACCAACCAACCUUCCCGCUUAAAUCUAGACCAAUGUCCAAGUUCUGAACAGGUUCUGGUCCAACAGGAUCUGGAUCAGAACACGGACAGAAAUAACCCGACAGAAAGGAGCUUCCUUUGAAGAAAACAGAGAAGAACCGGAGGAGAACCAGGAACAUCCAGAACAAGAAGAGCAACUGGAUACUGCUGGGGGGGGUGGAGUGACAUCCACGGUUCCUGAUGGCUUCAGAGAUGAAGCGUCUCUGUCUUCUCAGCGUCCUCCACAUCUGGGUCCUGUCCUCAUGGACAGAACCAGGCUGCAAAGCCAUGAUGCAGAACUCUGAGGUUCUCCAUAAGGCGGCAAGAAUAAAGAGACCAGGAGAAAGAGUUCUUUCCCAGCUGAGGAAGAGGAGGAGCUGGGUGUGGAACCAGUUCUUUGUUCUGGAGGAGGACCCUGGAGACGAGCCGCUCUAUGUGGGAAAGCUCCACUCUGACAUGGAUAAAGGUGAUGGUCAGGUGAUGUACCACCUAAGUGGAGAAGGAGCGAUGUCCAUUUUCACCAUCGAUGAGCAAACGGGAGACAUCCACGCCAUCAAGAGGCUGGACCGGGAACAGCAGGCUCACUACACCCUGAGAGCCCAGGUCCGAGACCGGAACAGCCACCUGCUGCUGGAGCCAGAGUCCCAGUUCAUCAUCAAGGUCCAGGACAUCAACGACAACGCUCCCAGGUUCCUGAACGGGCCGUACACUGCCAGAGUUCCUGAGAGGGCUCCUGUAGGAACCUCAGUGGUGACAGUGGUGGCAACAGACGCUGAUGACCCCACUUAUGGAAACUCAGCCCGGCUUGUUUACAGCAUCCUGCAAGGUCUUCCCCAUUUCUAUGUGGACCCAAAGACAGGUGUUGUGCGGACCGCUUUGCCUGACAUGGACCGUGAGACACAGGAUCGGUACCAGCUGAUCAUCCAGGCUAAAGACAUGAUGGGUCAGAUGGGAGGUCUCUCAGGAACCACCAUGGUUACCGUGACACUGACAGACGUCAAUGACAAUCCGCCUCGUUUCCCCCGCAGGAGCUAUCAGUUCACCGUCCCAGAGUUGGUUUCGGUGUGGUCCGUUGUGGCGAGGGUUAAAGCUGUAGAUCUGGACUUGGGUCCUAAUGCUGAGGUGGUCUACCGCAUGGUGGAUGGAGACGGACUGGGAACCUUCCAGAUCCAGACUGAUCCCAACACUCAGGAAGGACUGAUCACUCUGCUCAAGGACCUGAACUUUGAACUCAAAGCCAGCUACACUUUGAAGAUUGAAGCCUCUAAUCGACACGUUGACACUCGCUUCCUGCUGGUGGGUCCAUUCAGCGAUGUGACUAUGGUCAGACUGGAGGUGGCAGACCAGGACGAACCCCCCGUCUUCUCCACCUCUGUCAGUCAGGUGCUGGUUUCGGAGGGGGUUCCAGUGGGAACCAGAGUGGCAUCAGUUUCAGCUCAUGACCCUGAUGGCGCCAAAAGUCCAAUCAGGUACCUGAUAGACCAGAACUCGGACAUCGGCCGUUUCUUUGACAUCGACGGCAGCUCAGGUACCAUCAGAACCAGCAGAUAUCUGGACCGAGAAACCAGAGUUCUUCACAACAUCACAGUGAUUGGCUCUGAAAUCCGGGACCCGUCUCAGGUGGGCUCAGCGGUGGUUCUGAUUUCUGUGACGGACGUCAACGAUAACCCACCAAGGUUUGCUAGCGAGUACUGGACCUCCGUCUGUGAGCAUGUGCAGCCUGGACAGGUCAUUGAGACUCUGAGUGCAGUCGAUCCAGAUGAUCCAGAGGAUGGACAUCACUUCCUCUUUUUUCUGAACCAAGAAACUGCUUUGAACUCCAGCUUCACCUUGAGAGACAACAGAGACAACACUGCCUCGGUUCUCACGUCAUGGUCCAGCUUCCUGCGGCGGGAUCGACCCGUCCACCUUCUUCCUGUGGUGAUUGCAGAUAGUGGCAGUCCAUCUCUCAGCAGCACCAACACCCUAACCAUCACUGUCUGCGACUGUGAUCUCCAUGGAAACCACCAUCUCUGCAGUGAGGAAGACCCGUGGCGUGGUGGCGUGGGGUCUCCCGCCGUCAUCCUGAUCACCGUGCUCCUAUUCCUGGGUGUUUCCCUGUUAGCUGCUGUCCUUAGAUCCAGGAGGAGGGUGCCUCAGAUGAUGGAGGAGGAACAGGACAUCCAGGAGAACAUCGUCUGUUAUGAUGAUGAAGGUGGAGGGGAAGAGGACACCAAGGCCUUUGACAUGGUCGCCUUGAGACACUCGAACCAGAUGAAUCUGACUUCUGGUACCGCCGAGCCAGAGAGCGUGACCCAGAAGACCAGGCUGCUCCAAGCGUUCAUCAGAGAGCGGCUCCAGGAGGCGGACCUGGACCCCACAGCUCCAGUCCUCGACACCUUGCAGACGUACGCCUUGGAGGGGAGCAGCUCUGCGGCCCAGUCGCUCAGCUCCCUCUGCUCUCUGGACUCAUCCGAGUCGGAGCAGAACUUUGCCUUCCUGAAGGCCUGGGGUCCGAGGUUCCAGAAGCUCACAGAGCUCUAUGGGCACCGGGUUGGAGGGGGCGUGGCCUCAUAGCAGAGCACAGCUGAUUGGCUGGCCCUGACCCUACUCUAAUAUAAACUAACUAAAAACCUCAGCUUUACCCAGCAUGCAUCUCUGUGGUCAUCCAGUCAUUCGCUGAUCUGCUUACUGCUCAGAGGUGAACUGACCAAUCACAGGACAGAGGUCUUUACUGGUCCGAAACCACAGGAACUGGUCUGUGCCAGGAUUCCUACACCCAGUCCACCUUUGGUCAUGUCAUCUGUGAUGUCACUGUGAUGU